UUGUCCCUCCUAAUAAUAUUAUCCUUGUUGUUCUUGGUGUGAUGGCCACAAAUGUUUUCGAAGAAGGAAAAAUCCAUUGGCAGAAUGUGAAUGUUGAUUCAUCCCCAAAACCGUUGCUACUUUUAUCUCCAACCGUACCAGGAACAUACCCUGUGAUAUUGUUCUGUCAUGGCUUCUGCCUUCAAAACACCUGCUACUCUAAGCUCCUAGGUCUCAUUGCUUCACAUGGUUUCAUACUUGUUGCUCCUCAGCUGUUUUCAGCAGGCAUACCUACGUUGGGGCCCAGCGAAGUAAAAUGGGCUGGGAGUAUUGUGGAUUGGAUAGCUGAGGGCCUUCAACCUUUGCUUCCUGAAAGCGUGGAAGCCCAAUUGGAUAGCCUGGUUCUAGCGGGCCAUAGCAGAGGUGGAAAAACUGCUUUUGCCGUGGCACUUGGUUAUGUCCAAACAAAGCUCAAGUUUUCAGUGCUCAUAGGCAUAGACCCUGUGGCAGGCCUAAGCAAAUGCAAAAUCUGUCAAACACUUCCUCAUAUCCUCACAUAUGAGCCCAGGUCCUUUAAUUUGGGGAUACCAGUUUUGGUGAUUGGAACUGGGCUAGGCCCAGAGCCCAAUAGCUUUACAAUGAUGGCAUGUGCACCUGAUGGUGUGAACCAUGAGGAGUUCUACAGAGAGUGCAGGCCACCUUGUGCACAUUUUGUUGCCAAAGAAUAUGGUCACAUGGACAUGUUGGAUGAUGAUAUUCCUUGGAUCAUUGAUGGAGUGAUAUCAAAGUGUUUGUGUAAGAAUGGUGUGCACCCCAGGGAGUUGAUGAGGAAGACAGUGGCUGGAUUGGUUGUUGCAUUCUUGCGGGCCUAUUUAAAGGCCCAGUUUGAGGAUCUGGAAAUUAUUUUGAAGGAUCCGGGUCUUGCGCCAUAA